AUGUUUUGUCCACCCCACGCCCCGUCCACCCCACGCCCCGUCCACCCCACGCCCCGUCCACCCCACGCCCCGUCCACCCCACGCCCCGUCCACCCCACGCCCCGUCCACCCCACGCCCCGUCCACCCCACGUCCCGUCCACCCCACGCCCCGUCCACCCCACGCCCCGUCCACCCCACGUCCCGUCCACCCCACGCCCCGUCCACCCCACGUCCCGUCCACCCCACGCCCCGUCCACCCCACGCCCCAUCCACCCCACGCCCCGUCCACCCCACGCCCCGUCCACCCCACGCCCCGUCUACCCCACGUCCCGUCCACCCCACGCCCCGUCCACCCCACGCCCCGUCCACCCCACGCGACGUCCACCCCACGCCCCGUCCACCCCACGCCCCGUCCACCCCACGCCCCGUCCACCCCAAGCCCCGUCCACCCCACGUCCCGUCCACCCCACGCCCCGUCCACCCCACGCCCCGUCCAUCCCACGCCCCGUCCACCCCACGCCCCGUCCACCCCACGUCCCGUCCUCCCCACGCCCCGUCCACCCCACGUCCCGUCCACCCCACGCCCCGUCCACCCCACGUCCCGUCCACCCCACGCCCCGUCCACCCCACGCCCCGUCCACCCCACGCCCCGUCCACCCCACGUCCCGUCCACCCCACGCCCCGUCCACCCCACGUCCCGUCCACCCCACGCCCCGUCCACCCCACGCCCCGUCCACCCCACGCCCCGUCCACCCCACGCCCCGCCCACUCCACGUCCCGUCCACCCCACGCCCCGUCCACCCCACGCCCCGUCCACCCCACCCCUCGUCCACCCCACGCUCCGUCCUCCCCACGCCCCGUCCACCCCACCCCUCGUCCACCCCACGUCCCGUCCACCCCACCCCUCGUCCACCCCACGUCCCGUCCACCCCACGCCCCGUCCACCCCACGCCCCGUCCACCCCACGCCCCGUCCACCCCACGCCCCGUCCACCCUACGCCCCGUCCACCCCACAUCCCGUCCUCCCCACGCCCAGUCCACCCCACGCCCCGUCCACCCCACGCCCCGUCCACCCCACGCCCCGUCCACCCUACGCCCCGUCCACCCCACGCCCCGUACACCCCACACCCCGUCCUCCCCACGCCCCGUCCACCCCACGCCCCGUCCACCCCACACCCCGUCCUCCCCACGCCCCGUCCACCCCACGCCCCGUCCACCCCACGCCCCGUCCACUCCACGCCCCGUCCAACAAGGGUUAUGCCUUGUUGCAGUCUUUACGAACGUCAGUUUCAUUUUAA